AAUGAUAACAAUAAUUUCACCAAGACGCAAAACGUCAAAUGUCAAUGGGUAUUGUUUCUAAAUAAAGUUAUUUAUUUGUAAUUUCUAUCAACUAUAAGUUUUGUUGAUUAUAUUAAAAACUGGCUUGUGCAACAAAGGAAGGAUAUACCAAAAGAUUGCCUAUUUUUUGCAAACUUUAACAAUUUUCGACUAAAAUGGAUUGCGUUACCACAUUAAAAAUCCUUGUCAUUGGAGAGAGUGGAGUUGGAAAGUCAAGCAUCAUCCUAGCGUUCACUACAGGGGACUAUAAUUCUUCGUUUCCGGCCACAAUAGGAGUCGACUACAAAUGCAAGGUUAUGGAAGUGAACGGUUUAAAAGUGAAACUGGGUAUUUGGGAUACGGCCGGCCAGGAGAGAUAUAGAACUUUAACCAACAGUUUUUACAGGGACGCCCACGGGGCGAUACUAGUCUAUGAUGUUUCAGAACCAAAGACCUUACAGAAACUGAGUGAAUGGGUCGAUGAACUGCAGGUGUACUCCACAAAGAAGAACAUAGUGUGUUUGGUUGUGGGAAAUAAAAUUGAUAAGGAUCGGGCGGUCUCCAGAGAAGCCGGGCAGGCUUUUGCACAAAAACACAGAAUGCUUUUCAUUGAGAGCAGCGCAAAGACACAAGAAGGCAUCAAUCUGGCCUUUGAAGAGCUCGUACAAAAGAUAAUAGAGACUCCCGGUCUGUGGGAGUCUACCGGCUCGUCUUCCAACAUCCGCGUCACCAGCGAGGAGCGUUCGCAGCAGGAAUCCUCCUGCUACGAUUACACCUGUUCCAUUUAAUGUAUUCUAUAUGAGUUGGCUGUUAUCUGUACAUAUAUAUUUGACCUCAAAGAAAUCAUUUAAUUAUCUCCUUAUAAAAAACAGAUAGUUAUUUGUUUUAUUGUAAAUAUAUUAAUGUAUAUCUUUAUGCACCUCCAAAAUUCUAUCUAGGUAUCAUUACGAUGCAAGGGAGACGCUAGUUUAUAGAAACCUUAACACUAGAUCCAUCGGAAAAUUUUGCAGGAUCUUAAACCUUCUAGAACUUUAACAUGCGCGAAGGUUCACUGACGAAAAACUCCCGACUUUCAGUUAAUAGUUUGACAAAGGUCCUCGUGCUAAGGUUUAUAUGAAAGUAAAGAAUAUUUAUUUCAAAUAUUUAUAUAUUUGUAAAUAAAUAUUUAAAGUACAGAUACAGCCAACGUUGUUAUGUGAUAUUUUAUAAUAACUGCUUGUACAUAUUUAAAAUUACACAGCCGUCACCGAGCUCAUCGCAUUUGAAUACAUUUUGUAAAAAUCGCAAUUUUAUUAAAAGUUAUCACCUAUUUAAAUGCGCUUUAUUUUAUAUAUGCUUUAUUUUGUUGAAUUCUCUUAAUAACGUACUGUGGAUUAUAUAGGACCAAACGUGCAAAAUAAAAUGUUUUUAGUACA